UCUGACAAUCACCGGAGCUGUUACAUCAGAAAAUGAAUAUGCUUUUUUUUGUGUUCACUUUAAUCAUUUCUAAAAUGACUGAUAAUUAUGCUUAUUGUAAAGUAAUUCCAGCUGCUAGAAGACUACGGGUAAUAAUUGUCUGAAGAGCUUCUAAAUGGACUGGAUGUUUCCUGCCGCAAUGACCACUUAGCAUCAAGUAGCAUCGACUGAUUUCCAAAGUGGAAUGUCUGUUGGCAACCACUGGGAUGAAUUUAUAAACUGUUGCCUGGUUUCAAAAAAAUCGAUUCAGCCAUGGAGAAAUGGCUCCACUGACAUCUCUCUGGUUUUGACCUAAACUGCUCCUUCUUGGACCAUGAUGGACAUGCUGUUGCAGCCAAGGAAAUGCCAGAAUGUAAGGACUGCUCUUUCAGGUCAUGCUUGUAUGAUUUUUUCCUGAGCUUAACUGGAUAACAGCACAAUUUAAAAGAAUGUUAUUAUAAAUUUAGCCCUAUAUUGUUUUUUGGCAACCUAAGUGUUGUGAUUUACUGCAUUUUUUUGCAGAUCAAACUCAACACAGCAACUUAGAAAAAAAAUCAGAAGAAGAGGAAGUUUGGAUUCUCAUUUCCUGUGAGAGCACGGAUUAUAAAUGCCAAUAAAGAAGUUAACUGACGAGGGUGAUCCUAACAAAUUGCUCACAUUUUAAGAGUACUUAAUGGGGCAUGCUCAUACUGUUGAUUAAAACAAAAAGGACAUGAACUGGAGCCAACAGAUGCAUCACUCUUACACUGUGGGAACAUGCUGAUGCUUCAUUUUACAGACCAUUAGGUUAAUUACUCAAUAUACUUUUAUUGCGAAUGCAUGGAGACCUUGGAGCAGCAGUCAAACACCAGCGGCCAUGGCCAAAUGAACAGAGAGGAGGAGGCUUUGAUUAAGACCAUAGUGCCUAUCCUGGACGGGUUGAUUUUGGUUACAGGCCUGGUUGGCCAAACCCUGGUCAUCACCAUUCUUACCGGCAGGAGGAGGAAAGAAAGUCAACCUCCGCACGGUACAGACACCCUGCUGUUGGCCCUAAGUGCUGCUGACCUGUUGCUGCUGCUCUGUCUGCCCUUCCACACCUCUGCAAUCACUCUGGGCUUCUGGCCUUUCGGCAGCUUACUGUGCAAGGCCAUCAGCUUUCUGGGCGUGGCCUGCUCUGCUGCUUCUGUCUUUACGUUGGCAGCUUUGGCAGUGACACGUUACCUCACAGUGGUUCACCCCACCUGGGCAUACCGAUCGAGAAUGCAUCGACGUAUAAAGCUGACGGUUGCUCUGCUCUGGGUCCCUGCCUCGGCCUUGGCUGCACCGCAGUUUGCUUUCCGCACAGUUACGGCGUCCAGCUCUGUGUACUGCUUUGCCUUUCUGUCAGACUUCAGCCAGCUGGUGUACAGCAUUGCCCUCUUCUUGUGUGGCUUCGCCCUCCCACUGGGCAUCAUCGUAUUGAUGUACUCCAAGAUCUACUGUUUUCUACGACAUGCACGGCUGCUGGGUAACGCUCCUCAACUGGAGCGCUACCAGAGCCAGGUCACUCACACUUCAGCUCUCCUGGUCCUGGUCUUCACGCUGCUCUGGCUUCCCUCCUAUGCUCUAAUGUUUUCAUUCAUCGGUGGAACGAUAACAGGCUCAACUGGAUACAAUACCAUCGCCAUCCUGGCCAGACUGCUGGCAUCCUCAGUAGCAGUGGUGAACCCUGUGCUGUAUGGGUUUAUGUCUCAGAAGUUUAGACGAGACUUACUAGAGCUGGGGAGAGAGCGCUGGGCACUGUGCAAAAGCUGUCUGGUUGGAUGCCCUCAUGUGAUAAACAGAGACACGGUGCAGCCCUUUGAGCUGGACACAACCACAGAAGGAGGACAAAACUGACUCUGUAUCCAAAAAAAAGGAAACAUCACUACCUCAUAUUCAUUUAAUACAGGUAAUAUGUAUUUAAGAAUUAAAAUAUUGAUUAUAAUAUUUAAUCUUAUCUGUUUAUAAUAUAAUGUACUUUCCAUGUACAGAAAGUAUGCAAGAAUAAAGUGAUACUCUCAGUGUUGUUCAGGGACAUGUAUUGCUAUUGUUGUGAUUUAAAUCUGGUUAAACUCUUCAUAUGAGCAAUGGCAACUUCAUUUUGUUGGUUUAAAUAUAAAAAAAAGCUUGAAUCUAUACAAUGGGAGAUUACAUUUUGAUUGUAAUUCAAGUUGAUACUUGGUUAUAAGGUAUUUUUGAAAACUAUUUCCUUGAUGGAUUACACUAAUUCAACCUGAGCUGCAUUAAUUCCUCUUUGCAUAAACAAAUUCUGUACCUGGAUGAAAAACAAGCCUUUAUUUUCUAACCUUUUUUCAAAGAGUGCUUUCAAUUCAACAUCAA